AUGGCUCCUCAGACAAUGGCAGAAAAGGCCAAGGCCAAGCUUCAGGCCGUUCUUGAUAACCCUAACAGAAACGAUGCUACCUCUUACAAGCAAAGAGUCAUGACUACCACUACACCUGCGACUGGCUCUGACUGGACCAAUGCUUGGGUGCGACGAAGUAGUAAUGAUCGUCGAGCCAGUGUUGGUAGUGAGGGCUCGAGUCCUGUCCGACGUCGGUCGAGUUUUCAGGAGUGGCUGUAUCCUUCUGCUCGCUGA